AUGAGCAUUUUCAAGUUCACAUUCAUUUUCCCUUCUCUUAUCUUUGCUCAACUUCUCCUCUUCACUCACUCCGAGGCAGCAAUUUUCGACAUUCAAAAUAAUUGUCCUUACACUGUUUGGGCUGCGUCUGUGCCAGUGGGUGGUGGUCGACAGCUCAACGCUGGCCAAACUUGGACUAUAGAUGUGCCUGCUGGCACGUCACAAGCCCAUAAAUGGGCCCAAACAGGUUGCAAUUUCGAUGGAUCGGGUCGGGAUAGGUGUCAAACUGGAGAUUAUAACGGUCUCCUCCAGUGCCAAUCUUAUGGGCAACCCCCAAACUCUUUGGCCGAGUAUGCCCUAAACCAAUACAAUAAUCUUGUUUUCUUCGACAUUUCUCUAGUCGAUGGAUUUAACAUGCCGAUGGAAUUUAGCCCUACCUCCAAUGGGUGCACCCGUGGCAUUAGGUGCAGGACCGAUAUUAAUGGACAAUGCCCAAAUGAGCUAAGAACUCCUAGUGGAUGUAACAAUCCUUGUGUCGUUUUCAAGACUGAUCAAUAUUGUUGUAAUUCUGGAAGUUGUAGCCGGACAGAUUUUUCGAGGUAG